UGUUUAUUUUUGGCAUCUCUGAGAAUGCAGUUUACAUUUGCUUGCAAAAGAAAGCGCUGCUACAGUAAAAAUGCGAAUUUCGCGCCUCUUCCAAGUGGCCAGGAUGGCGAACGUUACAAGGGAAGAUUUACAGGACUAUCCGUCGAGAUAGUUGAUCCCGAACAGGCUAAAUCCCUGCAUGACAAUGGUUGUUUUGGCAAGGGAAGCAAAUCUCGCGGAGGACCGGAAAGUGGAGACGAGGACGAAAGCCUGCUCCUGGGAAUGGAAGAGUCCUGCUUCCUGGCUCACUAUUUAAAUGUUUUAGACAUAACCAACUUAGCCGGCAAUUUCAUGGACUUCCACAUGUUUGUGGAGGUCGCCAAAGAUCAAAAUGAUAAAUUUGUUGAGAACUUGGCCAGCUAUGUGUAUUUGAAGUCCAAGAAUUGGGUAAUCAAGAGUGGCAUUAAGUUCGGCGGUGAUUUUCUUAUCUACAAGCAAAGUCCUCGCUUGUACCAUGCCAGCUUUUUGGUCAUUGUGCAAAGGCCUGGUGAUACGGAUCACUAUCAAUCAAAGAACUUGAAGGGUGUUCAACGCGUGGCAGAAACUUCUGAUAAGGAUGUGCUGAUCCUGACUGUCCAACCGCCUAAGGAGAUAAGCUCUUCCAGGGACUUGAAGGAAGCCACAGUAACAGAGACUAUUGUGCGGCGUUUUAAUUACUUAACUUUUGUACAAAGCAAACAACAAUAAGGAACUAUUCAGGGACUCUACAA